UCCACACUGUAUCUUCCGAGUUCUCUUAUCUUUCAGUUUUGCUCUGCUUCUGCCUAAUUUUCGCUUCGCCCUCUUCUCCUUUUGUUUUCCAUGGAUGAAAACAAGACGGCCUUAACGAUCAUGGAAUCAAAGCCACCACACCCACUUCACCAAAUUGCCGAAAAUCCAACCCACAAACUUCUUCUCAAGCAGUGGCUCAAGGAAGAGGAACUGAUAUUCGGCAGAAUUUCUUUGAAAGAAACCCAGAUCGACUCGGUUCGAAAAGAAAUCACGAUGCUCCACAUUUUGUUCUUCGUGUUCCACUCCACAGCUAUACUCCUCCUCUUCAACGCCUCCACGAAGGACGUCCAUGGCGCAGCCUGCAAGAGGUCGUGGAUUCCGUCGCUGUGUUCUCUGUUAUUCUCUCUGGGUAUCAUCUGGGCCGUCAGAUACAAGACUGACGUUGAGGCCCACUUGGAGAAAUUGUUAGAGAGGGAAAAAGAGGACAGAAAUUUGCUGUCCAAGUGUGUGGACGAGUUGAAGAGGAAAGGAGUUGAAUUCGAUCUGUUGAAGGAGGUUGAUGCGCUACGGAGGGCGAAGAGCUUGCGGGUGGAAGCUAAGGCUGUAAGAAAAUGGUCUUCCAGAGAUUUCAUCACUCUGUUUUUCUUCUCUGUUUCCUGUAUUUUUCUUGGGAUUACUAGGAUUGUUCUAUGUAACAAGUAGAGCUUUAUAUACAAGGGGAUGGGAGACUGGCGAUUGGUGAUUGGGCAUUCAAGUGAUGCCACCUCUGUCGUUGUUCGUUCUGAACUUGGAUGCUGUUUGAGCGCAGAUUACUCUGGUCUGCACUUGUAUUUUGUUGCUUUUGUGGAAUUAUUUGGAUAAAUUGUCUCAACAAUUUGAAGUUCUUUCCAAAAAUGGUUCUUUAGUUCUCA